CGCGACGCAGAGGCGUGCGGCGUGGGCCGUCGAACGGGUAACCCACAACGAGGGCCGGGUCCCCGCGUCGCGUUUCGUCGCGUCGCGUCGCAGUUUUCCCCGCCGCACGGUGCACGAUUCAGCUGGUGCACGCUGCAACCUGCAGUCGAGCGGACCGUUCGCCGCGCAAUCGGAACCGGCGGCGAUGAAACCGAUACCGUGUCUGUCUGGAUAUUUCCACCCCCGCCGAGCAUAAUGAUGUGCGAGAGAGUCGGUGACGACGUGACGACCACGAUCACGGAGACACGCGAAGACACGAGCGAACGAAUCAUGGCCAAGAGCGCUGAGAGGCUGCCCGGUACCUCCACCAGGCUGAGGACCAGGGACGACGGUUGCUGCUCCGUCAAUUUCCUCAAAUAUGUCCUACACAUCUACAACGUGGUGUUGUUCCUGUCCGGACUGGUCGUAGGCGGGAUCGGUAUCUGGACCGUGAUUGCGAAGCACAGCUACGUAUCUCUGAUGACGACCUCCACGUAUCCGUCUCUGGCCUACGCUUUGAUCGUCGCAGGUGUCCUGGCUGUGGUCGGUAGCUGGCUCGGCUGCGGCGGUGUAACUUCUGAAAAUAGAUGCGUACUCCUCAUAUACGUGUUCGUGGUGAUGCUGGUGUUCGUGCUGGAGGCGGGAGUCGGCGCGCUGGCGCGGCUCUACGAGGAACAGGUCGGCCCCGAAUUGAAGACGAAUCUUAAUCGCACCUUCCUCGAGAACUACUCCGUGUGGAACAGGGAAACAGCUGCGAUCGACCAGAUGCAGAUAGAGUUCAAAUGCUGCGGAGCCCUGAGAUUCGAGGAUUGGCUGGUGAGCGAGUGGCACAAGGACGAGGACGUCCUUAAGGACUUCAGCCUCGUCCCGGACAGCUGCUGCAAGACCCCGACGCAUCUCUGCGGGAGGAGGGAUCACCCGUCGAACAUCCAUUACACGGUAUUUAUCGAUCGCGUCCCCGUCGGGAUUGCGGAGGAUUCUGUAGUCUGUGUAAAGAGACGGGGCAACAGUAACCGAAACAUUGAGAUCGAGUGUUUUGCGGUGGUUGGUCUUCGAUGGCAGUGGGAAGAGUUUGGUAAUUGUCUGUCAGGUAUGCGGAUCAGUUCGGUUGCUGACGUGCACGUGAUCUGGGAAUUGAAAGGGAAUGUGUGA